CCGGGUCUCCUCGCGGCGUUUGUCGCGGCCCGAGGCGCGUCCCUGCCGUCGGUGGGGUGCGGCGGUGAGUGCUCGAUGGGAAGCGAAGGGGGGUUUCGCGGCCGUCAGGGGCGAUCCGCCGAUCUGUCGAGCUCGGCUGAUAGCGGGCGCCCCCAAGAUCUGGCGAGCUUGGCCGCCUACUCCGCGCCGUUGUGGGAGCGGGGGAUCCCCGCUCUCCGAAGCCAGCGGCAGUCGCCAGACCCCGUGUGUUCCCGUGCGGGGAGUGGUUCGGCGGCGCCUGCUCUGCGCGGCGAGCAGGGAGGGACCCUGGGGCCCGAGCGCGCAGAGCGUAGCGGUGGCCCAGCGGGGUCGUCGCCUCGCCACCCGCUGUCUCGGCCGCCGUCACCGCGCCCGCCGUCUCGGCCGCCCUCCCCCUGUCUGCGUUCGUGCUAUUCGUCCCCACGGCGUCCGUCGCGUCCCGCCUCCCCGCGUCCGCCGUCGCGUCCGGCGUCCCCGCGUCGGCCGUCGCGUCAUUCGUCGCCGUCGCCACCAUCCCACGCUCUGCCUCAGCGGCGGACCGAGCCGCUGCCCCGGCGUCGGCGCUCCUGGGACCUCCGCCGUCUGUGUACCGCGGGGCUCGUCUUCCCAUGGCGCCUCCCACCCUGGACACACCGGCGGCCUCCAGUGGAGCGCUCCCCGAGUGGCAACCACCUCCGCAGUCCUUCGUCCCCGAUCACUGGGCUCCGGGGCUUCCCGCCCGUGCUGGGUACGCGGAGCCAACCGGGGGCGCAGGAGGACGGUCUGCCGGGCAGGCGGCAGACGGGGCAGGUGGUCGCGGUUCCAGCAGCCACGUUCCGUCGGAUGUGCCAGACGAGGAGGGCGUUUGGGCUGCUGGCGGUGGUCGUGGAGGCGACGCACUCCGCGCUGCUGGGGUCAGAGAGCUCCCGAAAGAUGCAGCACUCACACUUGCGGACGAGUUCGGACGCGCUUGCGGACCUCGUGGUGGUGAUGGGGCAAGCGCUGCCCGUGCCCGGCCCGGGAAAUGGCUUGGACCCGGCCGUGGCCGCCGCAAUGAAAGCGAUGUCGGAGAGCAUCGCGUUGGCGUCAGCCGUAGAUCUCGCAGGCAGCUGCGCGUCCAUGCUGCGCGUCAGCGGCCGUCUGGGAGGUUGGCGAGCGGCCCGUCAGUAGUAGGAGUCCCUCCAUGCUGGUGGCAUUGGAGCGGGCGCUGUAGGGAUUUGUUGUGCCCUUGGGGACUGAACUAAAAACAGAGGAGAAUGAGAGGGAGAGGGCCUUAUAUAGCUUGGGAACCCAUGCUCUCUCUCUCUCGCUCUCUCUCUCUCUCGCUCUCUCCGCUAGCAAAGGAAGGAGAAAUGAGAACUGAACUAAAAACAGAGGAGAAUGAGAGGGAGAGGGCCUUAUAUAGCUUGGGAACCCAUGCU